GGCAUGGGCAGUCCCGGCUCGCCUGCCCUCCGCCACAAGGACGAAGAGCCUCCCACAGCCGGCCGCACCUCCGCUGAAGGUGGCGCUGGCGUGGCCGACGACGACGACGACGACGACGGAGGCAGCUCGGCCGGCAGCCGCGCGCAGUACGUGUCGGCGAACUGCGUCGUGUUCACGCACUACUCCGGCGACGUGGCGGCCGUCGUGGACGAGCACUUCAACCGCGCGCUCUCCUACUCCGAGAGCAAGGGCUCCGGCGAGCCGAACACGCACGGCAAAGAGAGCUCGCCGAUGUCGGCGCGCAACUUCCCGCCGUCCUUCUGGAACAGCAGCUACCAGUCGACGGCGACCGUGACAUCGCACCACGCCGGCGACAUCUAUCCGGACCCGUACCACAGCUCAGCGUCUGCCGCCUCCGACCCGUGGCACUCGCACUACCAGCAGUACAGCGCGGCGGCAGCGCAUCACCACCACAGGGCCGUGCACGAGUACCACCACCACAACAUGGCACAGUACGGCGGGCUGCUGCUGCCUCCAGCGACCAGGCUGCCGCCGCACGUCACUGCGCCGCACCACCAGUACUCCAAGGGCACCGUGGCGCACGAGGCGUGGGGCGGCGCCGCGACGCACUCGGCCGCGCACCACCCGCACCACGCGCACCACGCGCACCACUCGCACGCGCUCGACACGGCCGCCUACACUGCCUACCCUUCCAUGGCAGAUUUCAGAGAGGUCUUGAAGCACCAGUUCAAGAGUCGUCGAAAGACCUGUACUGGUUCUAGUUUGUAUGUGUAUGAAUAUUGCCAAUGAUUUUGUAACGUCAAUGAAGCACCCCCGUUCUUGAGACACUGACUUUUAGCAAGACCACCGUUUAAGGUUUUGUGAAUUGGGUGCAACGUUGUUAUCUAUAAAGGCCACAAAAGCUGUCUAGCUUAACACCUAAACUGUACAAACAUAUAUAUAUAUAUAUAUAUAUAUGGUCAUCAAUUCUCUUAAAAAUAUUUAUGUGGAGCUUUAGAAGAGCAUUUUAUAAAAGGACAGCAAAUAAAAUGACGUGAAUUUUGUAAUUUUUUGUACACACGAUCAUAAGUAGAGUUCCGGAACUUUCGCGGAUUCCUCUGGCCUCAGGAUAGAAGUUAUAGGUGUGCUCGACCCAUGUUUACUUUCCCAUUGGUUGAUUUCUUAGCGAGAACAUUUUUAUCCUUGUUAUUUGGCACUACCUGAUUCGCUUACUUCUCUUAUAGCUGGACAUCGUUGGCUCACGGUCGUAGAGGGGCGUGUCCAGAUAAAUGCGGUCCAAUCAUGAGCACAGUGCGACAGUGUGGAGGUUUGCAUUCUAGCUUGCGACUAAAUGAAUCCGCGAAAUUUCCGUGGCUCUAAUAAUAAGCCAUAACUAGAAGUACAAUCAUCUCCAUACAAAUUUAACGAUUGGAAAACCAGAAUUUUUUACGGUCUUGAUAAAGUAUUAACUGCAAGAUAACAUUUGUUUAGACAUUUCGUAGUGUAAAGUUAUGAACAUUUCUAUUAGUAUAUAUAAUUUCAGUAAAUUAAAACUCAGUAUUUCAGUUGAACAAACGGUAUUAUAUUUCCCACUAGUUUAUGCUAACCGUAUAGGUAUGUCAUUAUCGAAUCGGUUCAAACAUAAUUUCCCCCUUUUUUUAAACAUUUUAGGUUUGAACGUGAACUUUUUUAAUAGACACCAUUUUGUGAAAUUUUUCGCGGUAAAAUUUCUUUUUUUUUUUCAAAAUUUCAGUUUUAAAAAAAAUGAUUUGUAUUUUUACUUUCAUAAUAUUCUUGGAGCGUUCUCAUGUUGAUAGUAAUGAAGACCAACUUACGUUUAAAUCAAACAGCCCAGACAUAUGAAAUUAGACUUUUUUUGUAAAUAGAAAUGUCUGUAAGAUUUAAAAUUUAUAAUCAAAUGAUUCACCAAAAGAUGUCCUAUAACUGAUUACCACUACUUAAAGUAGUUUGUAAAUCACUGUACUUUUAAACAUUAAAAUAAUGUAUAAUAUUAAAAUACUCUACGCUUCCUGUAAUCUCGUGUUAGAAGGUAAUAGUGUUAAAGACAUGUUAAUACUCUCGUACAGUAGUGUAAUUUUUAGACUCUGCAUUCUUUAUACGAUAUCAUAUUUCAUUGUAUGGUUUAUGAAAUCAAAUUAGUGUGUUCAAACAAGGUGAUCCAUGGAUUACACAAACAGAAGAAAUCAAUAUCAUACCAAAUGUAAUGACGUUUGCAGUGUGUUCAUAUUACAGAGAUAUUUAUGCAACAAUUGACUGUUUACUCAUGACUGCAUAUAAAUAUUUAAAAAAUGUUUCAGAAAGAAUAUUUCUGUCAUUUUUAUGACUGAUUUAUAGAAUUUUUGUUUAAGUGAGUCGUAAGUGAAAUGCAUGCAGUAGUGCCAUCGACGUAGCUCUAUUCCAUAGAACGCAAUGUUCUCAGUACACUUAAAAAUAUAUUUCUCAGUGCAGUGCAAUACGUUAGAGGAUUAACGAUUAGUUUUGUUUUCUUUAAGAGGUUUUUGUA